AUGAAAAGAAAAGCUGAAGCUGUCACUUUCGGAGCAAGUAAACCAACUGCAAAUGAGAACGUUGUCCUGCAAAAGAAAACCGUUGGUGAGAUCAUUGCUCAGCAGAGAGGAUUGGAUGACAACUGCGCAAUCAUAGGAAUGUACGGGAUGGGGGGCAUAGGUAAGACGACUCAGGCAAAGGAAAUUGGUAGCAUGGCUGAAACUAGUGGCCUUUUCAAUAAGGUGAUUUUUGCUGUUGUUUCGCGAAAUUUAGAUGUGAGAAAAAUUCAAGGUCGAAUUGGGGAUAUGUUAGGUCUAUAUUUCCAAGAGGAGAGUGAAAUGGGAAGAGCUGGUCGGCUCUUUGAAAGGCUAACUACCCAGGAAAGAAUCCUGCUUGUAUUGGAUGAUGUUUGGAAUUUUGUUAAUUUCAAAGAAAUUGGAAUUCCUGUCACUUUUGAGGGCAAGGGUUGUAAGAUUAUGAUUACUACUCGUCAAAGAAAUCUUUGCAGCACUAUGGGGCUCAGAAAAACAAAGGAAAUUCCAUUGAGACUCUUGUCAGAUGAAGAAUCCUGGAACCUGUUUAAAAGUAAUGCAGGGUCAUUGGCUGAUACAUUUUCUCCCCAACAAGAUGAUGUCGCCAUGAAGGUUGCUAGAGAAUGUUGUGGGCUCCCAUUGGCACUUGUAACGGUUGGGAGAGCACUAAGAAACAAAGAUCUGGAGCUUUGGAGAGCUGCACUUCAGCAACUGAAGAAGUCCAAACCCUUGAACAUCAACUACAAUGAAAAAGACAUUUUCUCAUGCCUAAAGUUGAGCUAUGAUCAGCUGCAAAGUGAGGAAGCUAAAGAAUGUUUUCUAUUGUGUUGCUUGUUUCCUGAAGAUCAUGAUAUAAAAAUUGAAGACAUAGCUAGAUAUGCACUCGGAAAAGGAAUGUUUACAGAUGUAGAGACAAUGGAGGAAGCAAGAAGAGAAACACGAUGGAUAAUCAGAAACCUUACUGACUGUUGCUUGCUUCUGGACAGCAGUACGGCAGAUUCUGUAAGAAUGCAUGAUAUGGUUCGUGACUUUGCCAUAUCAAUGGCAUCUACAGGGGAACAUGGUUUCGUCAUAAAAGCAGGUCUUGGCUUGAAGGAGUGGCCAAAUCAGGAGACUCUUGAACGCAAUGCAGUAAUCAUUUCUCUCAUGACUAAUCAUAUUCAGUCACUUCCUGAUUGCCUAAUUUGUCCCAAGCUCGAAAUUUUGUUGUUGGCAGAGAAUGAGGUUUUUGAGGUAAUACCAGAGGGAUUCUUUCUAGGGAUGCCAACGCUCAGGGUGCUGGAUUUAAGUGAAAAAAUUGGUGCUCGCUCUCUAAAUCGCUAUUUUGAACCAGACAAAUGGACCUCAAUGCCGUCCAGUUCCUUCAAACUUCCCUCCUCGUUUGAAGCCUUGGUGAACCUUCGGACUUUGCAUUUAAAUCACUGCAAGUUGGAUGAUGUAGCAGUCCUUGGAAAAUUAAAAAGACUUGAGGUUCUAAGCUUCUAA